AUCGUCGGCUAAGAAAAUAAAAAGAAAACAUAAUUUUUCUCUUGAAAUUUUCCUUAAAUUUUAAAAUUUGAUAAAAUUGUUUGUUUGUUUGUUUAUUGGAUUGAUUGAUUGAGAUUCAAUUUCUCUUUCAAAUUUUACCCGGAUUGAAUCGGGUUUUUUCUUUCCAUUUUCUUUUGUUGUUUUUUUCUGCAAUUUUGAAUUGUUAUUAUUUCCUUAAUCCGAAAGAACUGAACACUUGUUGUGUUCAUUGAGAAGACUUUUUUUGGAAAUGACUGAAAAAUAUCGUAACACUCCUAAAGGUCGUAUUGCACCAAAUGGUUAUCGUUUAUGUGAUCCAUUACCUGAAGGACAAAUUUUACUUGAUUUUGAAAAAACACAAUGGGUUAUUGGAAAACCAAUCGGUUUAGGUGGAUUUGGUGAAAUAUAUCUUAUACACCCGAAAGAUACACCAUCCAGACAAUGUGUAAUGAAAUUGGAUAAUAUUAAUGGUCCAUUAUUUGUUGAAGUAAAUUUUGUAUUACGUGCUUGUCAAAAAACACAAAUUUCUGCAUUUAUGGAAUCGAAAAAAUUAUCAUUUUUAGGUGUACCACGUUUUAUUGCAUCCGGUACACAUAAUAGUAGUUAUCGUUUUUUAAUCAUGGAACGUUUAGGUGAAGAAUUACAAAAAGUACUUGAAACAAGACAUUUAAGUAUAUCAACUACAUGCAGAAUUGCUUGCAGAAUAAUAGAUGUCCUUGAAUAUAUUCAUGAUCAAGGUUAUAUACAUGCUGAUAUUAAAGCACAAAAUAUACUUCGUUCAUUAAAAACAACAACGGAAAAUAAUGAUAAUUCAACAAAUAAACGUACGAAAGCUAAUAAACGACAAUUAAUAGAUGAUCAACAAUCAUCGGAUAAUCUUAUUGAUGAAGAUGAUAAUUAUUAUCUUAUUGAUUAUGGUUUAGUUGAAAGAUUUAUAUUACAAGGUUCACAUAAACCAUAUGAACCGGAUAAACGUAAAGCAAAUAAUGGUACAUGUGAAUUUCGUUCACGUGAUGCACAUAUUGGUGUUAUAUCACGUCGUAGUGAUAUUGAAUCAUUGGGUUAUAAUCUUAUACUAUGGUUUUAUGGCCGUCAUCCUUGGGCUAAUCUAUUGAAAGAUGCAGAAAAAGUAUUGGCCAAAAAAAAUUGGGCAAUGUCAAAUAUUGAUGAUUUUCUUCGCGAAGCAUUUAGUGGUAAAACAUUUGUUGAAAAUAGUGAAACAAAUGAUUCGAAAACAUCGAAAACAGCAUCAUCCAAAUCAAAAUCGAAUGGUAAAAAAACACCAGCCAUAUCUGUUUAUCAUCAACCACCGGUAAACAAUAAUCUUCCCAUUUCGACUACUGUACCGAAAGGAUUUCGAAAUUUUUUCGCCGAAAUCAAUCAACUUUCACAUGAUGAUCGUCCAAAUUAUGAAAAAUAUAAAAAUAUUUUACAAGAUAUUGCACGAUUGAAUCCUAAAACUGCCAAUCAUAAUUUAUUUAAUAAUGAUAGUCCGAAACGUUCACGAUCUUCACGAUCGAUUAAUAAACAACAGCAGCAGCCCGAAGAAGUGAUCAAUACAAGUGAUGUGAUUCGAACAAAAAAAUCAAACAUAAAAAAUUCUCAAAUUCAAAAUGGUAAUUCAGAAUUACCAUCAAUUGCUGAUGAUGAUGAAAGUGAUGAUACUGAAAUCGAAGAUAAUGUAAUCGAUAAUAAUAGGAUAAAAUCAUCAUCGACAAGAACAACCAGAACACAAACAUCGAAACAACAAAAAUUAUCACCAACAAAACAACGAAUUCAACAGUUGAAAAAUAAGAAUAAAAUUCAAUCACCACAAACAACACCAAAAUCAACAAUAAAUCAACGUAAAAAUCUUCGAAAUCGUAAGAGUAAUAAUAUUUUCGAUGAUAAUGAUGAUGAAAAUGGUGAUGAUAAUGAUGAAUGUGAUUCUAUAAAAAAAUCAUCCACAGAUAAAAUAACUUAUAAUACACCACGUCAUAGUACAGCAUUAAUAUCAUUCACACCAUUCGAUAGUAGUGAUCCAUUAUUUGGUCCAUUCGAACCAGAAGAAAGCCUUAAUUAUGUGAAAAAUAAUAAUGAUACGAAAAGAAAUCGUACGAAACCAUUGAUUAAUGGUAAAAUUGGAAACAACAUUAUUGUUAAUGAUGAAAAUGAAACCGAUAAUACUAAUAGAAAUAAUAAUCAAUGUCGUAUUUAUAUUAAUAAUCGAAGAUGCCGUUCAAGACAAUCAUUUGAUGAUGAUGAUUGGAAUCCAAAUUAUAAAAUUUCUGUAAAAAAUAAUAAUACUACGGAACAAAAUAAUGGUCCGAUAUUGAAAAUGGCCAAUGGUAAAUUAUCAAAAUCAACUGUAACAAUAUCAUCAUCAUCAUCAUCGAAAUCAACAACAAAAACCACUAAAACACCUUCAUCCAAACCGAAUGGUAUUUCGAAACGUAAUGUACAAAAAUCCACUAAUUGUUUAUCAUCGAAAUUUUCCACACCACCAACAACAACCAAUAAUACAAACAAUAGUGGUGUAACGGAAACAGCAGCAAUGCAAAGAAUUCGUUUAAUGUUACAGAAUAAAAAGAAAAAAUAAUCAUUUGUAACGAAACUAUUUUUAUCGUUCAUCAUUAUCAUCUUUCGCUACACGUGUUUUGUAUUAAUCUUUGUUUGGUAUCAAAAAAAAAAUGUGUCACAUUUGAUGAUCAAGGAUCACUAAUGAUG